GGAAAACAGGAAGUGGGAGCCAUUGAACGCUUUGGAUUUCGCCCAGCAUCUCCACCGACCCUCGGGAACCCCCUUUAGGACCCCCCUUUUGCAGCCUGCGACCUGGAGUCCUCCCAGGCCUGAAUUGCAUCAGCUUCAAAGCAAGGUAUGGGAAAGAGGAGCUGUUCAACAGAUAGGCCUUGUCUUGAUCCAAUGGCAGCUGCACCACAAGAGGCUGCCCAAAACCACCAGGUGAAUUUUGAAGAAUAUGACAUCAUUACUGAAGAAGACAUUGAAGAGAUUAAGGAUGCUAUCGAAGGAGGGAGAAUGGCAGAGGCAGCCUCCAAGAUUAUGGAAAACCUACAGGCCUUAGAGAAUGCCCGGCUGGAUAUUGCAGUAACUGGAGAAAGUGGCUCUGGCAAGUCCUCCUUUAUCAAUGCCAUUCGGGGUUUAGGGGAUGAAGACGAAGGAUCGGCCCCGACUGGAGUGGUGGAGACCACCAGGGAACCUACUCCAUACCCACAUCCGAAGCACCCCAAUGUCACCAUGUGGGAUCUACCUGGAAUUGGUACCCCAGAUUUCCAAUCCAGCACUUACCUGGAACAGGUCAACCUCUCUCGCUAUGACUUCUUUUUUCUCAUUGCUUCAGAGCGUUUCAAGGCCAACCAUGCCAUGCUGGCCAAUGAAAUCAAGGAACAGGGCAAGCACUUCUAUUUUGUCCGCUCUAAAGUGGAUGCUGACCUAGAAGCGAGCAAAAAACGUCGGCCGCGGUCCUACAACGAAGAAGUGGUCCUGACAAAGAUCCGAGAGAAUUGCCAAGAGUGUCUCAGGAAAGAAGGUGUUGAUGCUCCUCAGGUUUUUCUUCUAUCCAGCUGGGAGUUAAGCAAGUAUGACUUCAUGUUGUUGGAGAAAACCUUAGAAAGGGAGCUCCCAAACCACAAGAGGCAUGCCUUCCUUCUUGCCCUUCCCAACAUCUCUUUAGAAAUCUUACAGAAGAAGAAGGAAGUGCUUCAGAAACAGAUCUGGAAGUUGGCCACCAUCUCAUGUGGAGUGGCUGCUGUGCCCAUCCCCGGUCUUUCUGUAACCUGCGAUAUUGCUCUUUUGGUUAAAUCUCUGUCAACGUACCGUAAAAACUUUGGCUUGGAUGAGGAGGCUCUCAUCAAAUUGGCUGAGAAGGUUGACAAGCCUGUGGAGGAGAUCAAAGAGGCGAUCAAGUCACCGCUGACCAAAGAGAUCUCCAAGGACUUAGUGAGAGAGUAGCUACUGCUCACAGAGGAGACUUCCCAAAGUCACUGGAGAGGUUCUACAAAAAUCCACCCGGACACGAAGCAUCUUGAACAAUUUAUUAAAACAGAAAUGGAAUACUAGGACACAGGAGGAAAGAUUAUAUCUACUCUCCAGCAGAGGAGGAGGAAUGCUCUCUAUGUGGGUCAAGGGAGGUGGGGAGAGAAGAAGUUGGUACACCUCUCUCUCCAAAUGGAAGCAGAUAAACAACACUUGGAAGAAAUGGAAUUACAUUCUGAAAAUAUUCAAAACAACAUUAACUCUCCUCUGAUUUUUACCACCUGCCCCAACACUGUGACUGCAAGUGGCCUCCCUUGCUCCCAUUGGGAUGGUAAGAGGUUGCAAGCUAUCCACACAUAACUCCCAACCCUCCUGGAAAGAACUGGGGGUUUGCAAACCCUUGGAGAGACCUCCAUGAAGAUAGAAACCAGUGCACCAAAAGACAUAGAAGGCCAAGUCCCAUGCUGGGUGGGGUAGGAAGUACAGUGGCCCCAUAGGGCACAACAUGAAUGCUUCUGCCAUCCUGCUUGGCGCCACUGAAAGCCUGGCGCCGCUCUCCAGCUCCCCUCUCUCGAAAGUCACACAUCGCUUUGUGCCUCUGGAUGAGGGCACAGAUCCCACGGCUCAGUGAUCCCAGGGAUGGGGAGGCCUGGCUGGCCCUCGGCGGUUUCAGGGCGAGGAGGUCACCGUGUUCAUGCCAGUAGACGACUGUAUUCGGAGAGAGCGGAGGAUUUCUUCACACCAUCCCAGAUACGGGCAGCAUAGUGGAACCUGCCCAAGACACAACAAUUGCCAUUCAUUCAGCUUCAAUUCAAUAUGAAGACAGGCUUGGUUCAAAGCUAUCUGCUCUGCCACAUAAUAAAAUAAUCUAAGUUUUCCAUUAGUGAAAUCAAUCUAAUUUUCAUGUUUUGUACAUUUUUUCCCUCCACAUUUGCAUUCCUGAGAAAAUGAAAACACUACAUAUAUAGACAUUUUAAAUUUUACCUAAAAGAACACUUCUCUAGUAAUUUAUAGCAAUCCUAUGGUCAAUGCCAGGCAAAAGUUGACCGCAGAAUCCUAGAAUGAUAGAGUUGGAAGAGAACACAUGGGCCAUCCAGUCCAACCCGCUGCCAUGCAGGAAAAACACACAAAGCACUCCUGACAGAUGGCCAUCCAGCCUCUGUUUAAAAGCCUCCAAAGGAGGAGCCUCCUCCACACCCUGACCUUAUCUACAUUGCCAUAUAAUCCAAUUCAAAGCAGAUAAUUUGGAUUUUAUAUGGCAAUGCAGAAGGCCUCCGCAGCAGUAUAAUCUUUGGCCAAACAACCUUUAAGAUCAGGAUGCUAUUUCAAAUGUUCAGGUGGAGUCUCCUUUCCUGUAAUUGAACCUAAAUAAAAUGCUGGAGGAUCUACAAA